CUAACGCCUCCGUAGCUUCAAUUUUUCUCUUCAGAUUUUUGGGAUCGUGAAGAACAACACCGUCCGGGAUGUCGAAACGAGGUAUUACUUGAUCUUAUUCAACGAGGUAUAUCGACUGUCUCAAUCUCAUUCUUCGGACUCUCCGACUCCCUCAGUUUCAUGCUUGCUCAAGAGUAAUUUGGAGGUCGGCAUUAAAUCCACUAAAAAAUGCCGGUCAAUCCAAGAGUAAAAAAGGCAUUUCGUGCUAUGAAAAGUAUUGGCAUCUCUGAGGAAAAGGUGAAGCCAAUCUUGAAGAGCCUUCUAAAACUAUAUGACAAAAAUUGGGAGCUUAUUGAAGAGGAAAAUUAUAGAGCACUUGCAGAUGCUAUAUUUGAAAACGAGGAUGCAGAGGUGGCAGAACAUAAGCAGCCUGAAAAUAACGAAGUACGUGCUUUGUCGCUCGUGCAGCGAGAGGAAGUUUUAGAGGAAGAAGCAGUGUACGAGGAGCCUGAAAGACCAUUAAAGAGAUUGCGAUUAAGAUUUCAAGAAGGUCAAGCUUCACCUUCCUCUAACAAUUCUAGUGUCGGGACUUCUCUUAAAAGGCCUAGGCGGGAGGAGGAAGGUGAAUUAUCUAGACCUCGUUAUCAGAACCAAUUACAAGGGGAAGCAAAUCCUAAUUCUGUUAGGAAAAAUCUCAGGUUGAACGAAACUCAAACAUCUCCAAUCACGUCCAGGGGUCAGAGUUCGGUUUCUGCUAAAUCUUCCCAUGCAUCAAAACUCAAAGAGCCAAAGACAGAACCAGGUGGAGAAUUGUCCUCUAAACAGAAGAUGUCGGGAUCCCUUGCUUUAAUCAAGCCUAAGGAUGAACCAUAUACUGAUGAUAUGCCACAGUUUGAGGUUCCUAUUGCUGUUAUUCACCCAGAGCCGUCAAACAAGGGAGAUACUUCAAGUGGUAACACCUCAAGGUCUGAACCUUCAGCGAUAGACCUAAGAAGUGUAAGGGAUUCAGGCAUUAUGACUUCAUUGAAUGUAAUGACAACCAGUCGUGAGCUGAUAGAAGUCCAGGAUAGAUGUCACGUUGAUGGAGAUAUUGCCUUCUCACCAUCUGGAGAGGUAAAAAUCUCUAUUAGCUGUGACCCAGCUCUUUGUAGAUCAUCAGAUUUCCAUAUGCCGAGUGUAGAAUCAGUUCUGAGGAUGGUGGAGCUUAAAUGUCUUAAAUCAUACAGAAUUAUGGUCCCUAACUUUUCUCUGAUGAAGCUGAUGAAAGACAUGUGUGAGUGUGUUUUGGAACUGGGAACGCAACAUAGUCCUGAACUGCAAUCAACCACAGAUGUUGCUGCAGAAAAUGAUUUUGGCUCGAGAAGUAUGACCGUUGAUUCCUUAAAUGAAGGUAUGAAUUUUGAAAUUGAUGCUGGGGAUGCUCAACCAAAGAUACCCCCACGCUCUCCUCCUCGCAUUGGUGAAGAUUGCAUUCAAGCUGGUCAGAUUGCAUCAAUGGGCAACUGUGGUAGUACUACAGGAAUUGAUCAGAAUGGUAUUGAGCAGACUAAUCCAUGGAGUAUGGACGCUCCAUGUGGAUUAAUUCUAGGUGAAAUAGGUUCUUUUGAUUCCUUAAAUGAGUUGCUGAACUCUAAUCUUGGUGCUGGGGAAGCUCAACCAGAGAUACCCCAUCUCAAUUCUUAUUUUGGUGGAGACAGCACUCAAGCUGAUCAUACAGCAUCAACAAGCAACUGUGGUAUUGCUCCAGAUACAAGUCAGAGUCGUCUUGAGGAGAUGGUUUCGUGUGAAGCGACUCCACGUGAUGUUGUGUCUGUUGAAGUCAUUGAUAUAACCAAGGGGCAAGAAAAUGUUGUAAUUUCUUUGGUGAAUGAAGUUAAUAGCAAUCAGCCACCAUCAUUUCACUACAUAGCUUCCAAUGUGGUUUUCCAGAAUGCAUAUGUAAACUUUUCUCUGGCUCGUAUUGGAGAUGAUAAUAGUUGUUCAACUUGCUCUGGUGAUUGUUUAUCAUUGUCCACACCUUGUGCUUGUGCACACAUAACCGGCGGUGAUUUUGCCUACACAAAGGAAGGUCUUAUUAAAGAAGAGUUUCUUAAAGAAUGUAUUUCCAUGAAUCGUGACCCCAAGAAACACUGCCAGUUAUUUUGCAAAGUGUGCCCAUUGGAAAGAUCAAAAAAUGAGGACAUUAUAGAAGCUUGUAAAGGUCAUCUGGUGAGAAACUUCAUAAAAGAGUGUUGGUGGAAAUGUGGCUGUACUAAACAAUGUGGCAACCGUGUAGUACAGCGAGGUAUAAGCCAUAAGUUACAGGUCUUUAUGACUCCGGAAGGGAAAGGAUGGGGCUUGCGGACCCUUGAAGACCUUCCCCGAGGUGCUUUUGUCUGUGAAUAUGUUGGAGAGGUUCUGACCAACACAGAACUCUUUGAUCGUGUUGCACGGAGCCCCAAUGGGGAGGAACAUUCUUAUCCAGCCCAGCUGGAUGCUGACUGGGGUUCAGAGGGUGUCCUAAAGGAUGAAGAGGCUCUUUGUUUGGAUGCUACAUUUUAUGGGAAUGUUGCCAGGUUCAUCAAUCACAGAUGCUUCGAUUCAAAUUUGGUUGAAAUACCAGUUGAAAUAGAGACUCCUGAACACCACUACUAUCAUCUUGCUUUUUUCACUACAAGAAAGAUUAAGGCAAUGGAGGAGCUCACUUGGGAUUAUGGUAUUGAUUUUGAUGAUCUUGAACAUCCAGUAAAAGCAUUUAGCUGCCAUUGCGGUAGCAAGUUCUGCCGAAAUAUGAAACGUCCAAGCCGAUCUAGAUCAAGAAGGUAGAGCCUGAGAUGGUGAUCUUCUCCAAGUAUUUUUUUGCCACGUUCCUGAUUUUGGGCGGUUCACGAAGCUGUUUUAUUUGAACUAAGUUAAGGUGAUGUUUUGUAUCUCUGAAGGGUUAUAGCCCGAUGUGCAUAUGCAGUGUUAAACGGUGUUUAUAGUUGUUUAAAUGGCACUAUCAAAGCGCAAUUUUUGUAUAGAAGUUUCAAGGAUGUGACUCAGAGCUGGAUUAGCUGCAUUUUGGUUGUAUAUAAUGAUGUUUUGGUCCAUAGGACUAAUGCCAGAAUACUUGGCCUUUUGUCUUAUGGCCUGAUGUUAGCAUAUUGAAGACUAGGCCUUUUCUGCAACUUUUUUUUCUCA